UAUUGUAAAAAUGGCGUUAAGCAAAACCUUUGGCCAGAAGCCGAUUAAAUUGCAGCUAGAGCAAGAUGGAGACUUCUACAUGGUUGGAUCAGAGGUUGGAAACUACCUCCGUAUGUUCAGGGGCUCUCUGUAUAAAAGGUACCCAUCACUCUGGAGGAGGUUAGCCUCAGUAGAGGAAAGGAAGAAGAUUGUAGCAUCAUCACACGGUGAGUAACACACUCUUAACUCUAGGAUAUUAUUAACACAACUUUUAGCCACAAGUGUGACUCUGCUGAAGGUGUCCGAAUGUGAAGAGAUCUUUGAGGGGAAUGAUGAGAAGUACAAAGCAGUUUCCGUAAGCACAGAGCCACCGGCGUACCUCAGGGAGCAGAAGGCAAAGAGGAACAGCCAGUGGGUCCCCACGCUGCCCAACUGCUCCCACCACCUGGAUGCUGUGCCCUGCUCCACCACCAUCAAUCGCAACCGAAUGGGCCACGACAAGAAGAGGACCUUCCCCCUGUGCUUUGACGACCACGACCCGGCGGUGAUCCACGAGAAUGCGUCUCAGGCCGAGGUGUUGGUUCCCAUUCGUCUGGACAUGGAGAUUGACGGGCAGAAGCUCCGAGAUGCCUUCACCUGGAACAUGAAUGAGAAGCUGAUGACCCCGGAGAUGUUUGCUGAGAUCCUGUGUGACGACCUGGACCUGAACCCCCUGGCCUUUGUCCCGGCCAUCGCCUCAGCUAUCCGCCAGCAGAUAGAGUCCUACCCCACAGACAGCAUCCUGGAUGAACAGACCGACCAGAGGGUCAUCAUCAAGCUGAACAUCCACGUGGGGAACAUCUCCCUGGUGGACCAGUUUGAGUGGGACAUGUCGGAGAGGGAGAACUCUCCGGAGACGUUUGCCCUGAUGCUGUGCUCCGAGCUGGGCCUGGGAGGAGAGUUUGUUACUACCAUUGCCUACAGCAUCCUCGGCCAGCUCAGCUGGCACCAGAGAACGUACGCCUUCAGUGAGAACCCCCUGCCAAAGGUGGAGAUUGCCAUCCGCAACACAGGCGACGCUGACACAUGGUGCCCUCUGCUGGAGACCCUGACAGAUGCAGAGAUGGAGAAGAAGAUCAGGGACCAGGACAGGAACACCAGGCGCAUGAGACGACUUGCCAACACUGCCCCCGCCUGGUAGAGAGAAGCACCAAUAAGCUACUACAGAGCCUCUAGUCCAGUGGUUCCCAACCUUUUUGAACCGUGGCACACCUUGAUGGGAUAUACAAUUAUGCCUUGCACACCAAAAAUGUCCCUAUUAAUUUAUUUAGUGGUAAUGACAUCCAUCUGAUCUAUAUUGCAUAUCAUCUAUUUUCUGUGACAAAUGUUUAUUAAAUAGGGUUUGUUUGAAGUAUUUUCAUAGUUCCUUACUCAUGAAGGUUAAUUUGUGUAUACCCCUUUAAGAGUAUCCUGCAAAUAGGUAUUGAGUUUUGAACGGUCUGUGAGGUACAACGACGGACACAAAGCCACGCUCCGUUUGUUUUCAUGGCAAGAGGCUGUGGUAUAGCUAAUAAAUUACUCUCGCUAAGCCUAAUCAAACUUACAAGUGCUAAUGGUUCACAGAUCAAUGAUCACAGACUAAGUAAAAUAAUAAAAAUGACUUUGCUCGUGAUGCGAGCCCCUCAAAUGAUACAAAUGGAACAGCCUGAGUGCACUGGACUUGGAACAACUAUACAGAUGUAACAGCCUGAGUGCACUGGACUUGGAACAACGAUACAGAUGUAACAGCCUGAGUGCACUGGACUUGGAACAACGAUACAGAUGUAACAGCCUGAGUGCACUGGACUUGGAACAACGAUACAGAUGUAACAGCCUGAGUGCACUGGACUUGGAACAACGAUACAGAUGUAACAGCCUGAGUGCACUGGACUUGGAACAACUAUACAGAUGUAACAGCCUGAGUGCACUGGACUUGGAACAACGAUACAGAUGUAACAGCCUGAGUGCACUGGACUUGGAACAACUAUACAGAUGUAACAGCCUGAGUGCACUGGACUUGGAACAACGAUACAGAUGUAACAAUGUACCAUUUAUUCUAUUAUCUGACUGGCACAGGUGCUCCCAAAUCCAAAUUCCAGAGUGUUCAAACAUUUUUAUCAAGAUUAGGAAAAGUUUUGUGGCACACCACUGCUUCUAGUCAGCUAACAGUCAACUCCUAUGUGCCCUCUGUGGAGACACACACACAAACAAACGUGACAAUAGACAGUCAACUGGUCCCUUCUUACAGCCCCCAUAAUAUUAAACUAACUCUAUGCUUGAUUGUCAUACUAAUCCAGUACCAAUGUCACAUCUCCCAUUAAUUAGAAAAAUGACGUCUGAUCCCAGAUCACAGACUGUUCAAGGAGCCUUAUCCAUUUCUAGCCCCUCUAGUGGUUCAACCACUACUCAUUUCUGAUGAGAUGACGUGGUAUAUAAAAGGGGCCAUGGGUAGAGUGUAUUUGUCCGUAUGAAAUGUAGCCUUUGUCGAUUGUACGGACUCACCAUCUAAGUGAGCUCUACCUGUAAUACUGCUUUGAUGCACUCCUAUCUCUCAUGAUAGACAAUGCUGACGGACUUGAUCUGUCUGUUAAUAGAAACACAGACUCAACUCUUGGGAAUAAUGUAAAGUUAUGUAUUUAUGCUGAUACUUUUAGUAAAUUUUUUAGUUUUUAAGUUUCCUUUUUUUAAUAAAAUAACAUAAACCAGA